AUGUCGUCUACUCAGGAUAGGUUAAUUGAGACGUUGAAUAAACGACUCUGGGAGGCACAACGCAGUGUGAGAGAAAAACGCGAAAAAAUCCAAGCUCUAAGGGAUGAGAGUCGUGGGGACCUCCAGCAACAAAUUCAGGAAAAAAGUAAAGAGCUUACCCGCCUCCGGGACGAGCGAAACCAGGCAGAGGAAGUGACUAACGCCUGGGAGCGGGUGGCGCAAAACGCGGCGAAGGAAGUUCGCGAAAGGACGCUUACGAAAAAACGCCUUGAGGCCAAAUCGGCUGACGUCAAGCGACUCCAUGAAAAACUGGCCGCAGAUACACACACGAUUAACGCUUUGCUAGAAAGCGCUCUCUCUCAAAUGGACGCGUGUAAGCCCGGUCAGACAAACUCGCCUGGAUCUGCCGGAAACAGCAGACUUAGCCGAGGAGCUAUAGCGGACUAUAGGCACCUCGAGGCUGAACUCCAGGAAGCUCAUAAGCAAAAAGCAGAAAGUAUUGAUAAGAUGUUCCAUUUAGCAAAGGAAAAGGUAAUGCCAGCACUAACCCUUUCCAAUUCCGUCGCUCUCCCACUAAAAUUAAAACUCGAUAUAAAGAGCGAUCACGACAAAAAGCCAGCAUUUUUGAAGGUUAACUUUUGUUUACAAUAA